AGAUUUAUAGAUGGAGAGGAUGAGACCCAGAAAGAGACUGAGUUUCUUUCCAGAGUAGUCCUUUCAGGUUGGCCAAAAAGAGACCACUGACAGAUACUUGCCGUAUGUAUUGGAACUGCAGUUUUAGGCUAAUCUUCAUACACCGUGUCAUUCAUACGUGAUUUAUAUUCAUCUUUAAGAUGAAAGUCACAGUGUCAUUAUUUACUUUUAACUUUACAGGAUAAAUAUUCUAGUUGUAAAAACAAUUUUUUCCUCUCCAAUACAAACAUGCCUAUGAUACAUGUGAGCACACAUACAAAUAUUUCAUGAGGUGAAGAAACUCAGAAAGACGCCAAGUGAAUUCCCAUCGAUGGCUUCUGAAUCACUAGCUCUCUACUCCUAGCUUUGGCCCCGUGGGAAACGGGUAGACCUAGCAGACCUAGCAAGAAGUUUCAGAUUACCAGUUUGAAGUGACUGCUGAGAAACAUUAUUUUUCUUGUAAUGGAGUUAUUUUUUAGGCAAGGCUUUAAAAAAAUAGCAUGACUCUUUCCCUGAGAGUAAAUUAAGUUACUUUGCCAAAAAGAGCCUUAAACUGGGAGCCCACACAGAGAAAUCGGUGCAGAGAGAGAAGACGGUGGACCCAUCCUGCUGAGUGUUCCCAGGACUCUGUGUGAGCUGUAUCAGAGUUAUGGUAGCGGCAUCUCUUGUUCAGUGACUGUGGGAUUGAACAGUGAGUCAUGCUUAAUUGGAGCAAGAAGCACACUCUGGUUUGUGUGCAAAGCAGAUAAACUGGAGCUGAAAGGCCAGUGGUUGGCAGAGGGCCAGAACCCGUGAGCCCGGCCCCACGCUGCCACAUGAGGCUCCAGGGACCUUAAGUAGGGCUGAGCGUUCUGUCCUGGGCUAGGACUCGCUCCUGCUAAGACGUGGUCUGGCGAGAUGACCACCCCUCUCUGUAUCUUUUAUCUAUUCCGAGUUGGCUGCUCUUCCCAUCUUAGAGCUCCUUUUCUGGCCUCUUCGAGUCCCUGUUUCCUGUCCCCCUCCUUGCCUGUUUGGAACUUUGUGACUUGAUUCUUGGUGGUGGUGCUGCCCUGUGGGUUGCUUGAAAGUGUCCACGCCUCCGCUCAGCGUGUCUUGAAGAUUGUUAUUUUGACUUCAUGGGUCAAUUUGGUCCCCCUCCUGCUUGUUACAGUCCCAGUAGUCCUGUCCAGGUUCUAGAAGACCCCAACUACUUUUUCCCAGACUUUCCGCUCUACUCUGGGAGGCAUGAAGCGUCUGCUCUGACGGUGGAGGCCGGCAGCACCAUCAGGGAAAAAGUUGUUGAGGAUCCUCUUUGUAACUUCCACGCCCCGAACUUCCUGAGGAUCUCAGAGGUGGAAAUGAGAGGUUCCGAGGAUGCGGCAGCUGGAACAGUAUUACAGCGGCUGAUCCAGGAACAACUGCGGUAUGGCACCCCGACCGAGAACAUGAACUUGCUGGCCAUUCAGCACCAGGCCACAGGGAGUGCAGGACCAGCCCACCCUACAAACAACUUUUCUUCCACGGAAAACCUCGCUCAAGAAGACCCACAAAUGGUCUACCAGUCGGCACGCCAAGAACCGCAGGGUCAAGAACACCAGGUGGACAAUACGGUGAUGGAGAAGCAGGUCCGGUCCACACAGCCCCAGCAGAACAACGAGGAGCUGCCCACCUACGAGGAGGCCAAGGCCCAGUCCCAGUUCUUUAGGGGGCAGCAGCAGCAGCCGCCGCAGCAGCAGGGGGCUGUAGGGCAUGGUUACUACAUGGCCGGGGGUACCAGCCAGAAGUCGCGGACUGAGGGGAGGCCCACGGUGAACCGUGCCAACAGUGGACAGGCGCAUAAGGACGAGGCGCUGAAAGAACUGAAGCAGGGCCACGUCCGUUCUCUCAGUGAGAGAAUCAUGCAGCUGUCGUUGGAGAGGAAUGGCGUUAAGCAACACCUCCCUGGCUCGGGGAGUGGCAAGGGGUUCAAGGCGGGAGGGGGACCGGCCCCAGCCCAGCCUGCAGGUAAAGUGCUGGACCCCCGGGGUCCUCCACCCGAGUACCCCUUCAAGACCAAGCAGAUGAUGUCCCCUGUCAGCAAGACCCAGGAGCAUGGACUUUUCUAUAGCGACCAGCACCCAGGGAUGCUCCACGAGAUGGUCAAGCCUUACCCUGCUCCCCAGCCUGCAAGAACAGAAGUGGCCGUCCUGAGGUACCAGCCGCCCCCGGAGUAUGGGGUAACGAGCCGCCCAUGCCAGCUUCCUUUCCCGUCCACAGUGCAGCAGCACAGCCCGAUGUCCUCCCAGAACUCCUCGGCCAGCGGGCCCCUGCACUCCACCCCCUUGCCGCUGCCACUGCCCGUGACCCUGGCUGCGCCGCAGCCCCCGCCGGCAGCCUCCCCCAGCCAGCAGCUUGGUCCAGAUGCAUUUGCGAUUGUGGAGCGAGCCCAGCAGAUGGUGGAGAUACUAACGGAGGAGAACCGGGUGCUUCACCAGGAACUUCAGGGUUACUAUGACAAUGCUGACAAGCUCCACAAGUUUGAAAAGGAACUUCAGAGGAUUUCGGAAGCCUAUGAGAGUCUUGUCAAGUCUACCACCAAGCGAGAGUCACUGGACAAGGCCAUGAGAAACAAACUGGAGGGCGAGAUUCGAAGACUUCACGACUUCAACAGAGAUCUCCGAGAUCGACUGGAGACGGCCAACAGGCAGCUGUCCAGCAGGGAGUAUGACGGGCACGAGGACAGAGCCGUGGAAGGCUUGUAUGCUUCCCAGAACAAAGAGUUCUUGAAGGAAAAGGAGAAGUUAGAAAUGGAGUUAGCGGCAGUGAGGACUGCAAGUGAGGACCACCGGAGACACAUUGAAAUCCUCGACCAGGCCCUGAGCAACGCCCAGGCCAGGGUCAUCAAGCUGGAAGAGGAGCUGCGGGAGAAGCAAGCCUACGUGGAGAAGGUGGAGAAGCUGCAGCAGGCCCUGACCCAGCUGCAGUCCGCGUGUGAGAAGCGAGAGCAGAUGGAGCGGAGACUUCGGACCUGGCUGGAGAGAGAGCUGGACGCUCUGAGAACCCAGCAGAAACAUGGAAACGGCCCCCCGACCAGCAUGCCGGAAUACAACGCCCCGGCCCUCAUGGAGCUCGUGAGGGAGAAAGAGGAGCGCAUCCUGGCCCUGGAGGCCGACAUGACCAAGUGGGAGCAGAAGUAUCUGGAGGAGAGCACCAUCCGGCACUUUGCCAUGAACGCCGCAGCCACCGCCGCCGCCGAGAGGGACACCACGAUCAUCAACCACUCGAGGAACGGCAGCUAUGGCGAGGGCUCGCUGGAGGCCCACAUCUGGCAGGAGGAGGAGGAGGUGGUGCAGGCCACCAGGAGGUGUCAGGACAUGGAAUACACCAUUAAAAAUCUCCACGCCAAGAUCAUCGAGAAGGAUGCCAUGAUCAAGGUCCUUCAGCAGCGAUCCCGGAAAGAUGCCGGGAAGACGGACUCCUCGAGCCUGCGGCCAGCCCGCUCCGUCCCAUCCAUUGCCGCGGCCACCGGGACACACUCCCGCCAGACCUCUCUCACCAGCAGCCAGUUAGCUGAGGAGAAGAAGGAGGAGAGGACCUGGAAGGGGAGCAUAGGGCUGCUGCUGGGGAAGGAGCACCACGAACACACUUCCACCCCCAUACUGCCCACCCCACCUGCUGCGGCGCUGUCCCCCACAGUGCCCGCCACAGCGGCGAGCAGCGCCCACGCUAAGACGGGCAGCAAGGACAGCAGCACCCAGACGGACAAGAGCACCGAACUCUUCUGGCCCAACAUGGCCUCCUUGCCCAACCGCGGCCGGCUGAGCGUGACCCCUUCCAACAGCCCGGUCCUGAAACACCCGGCCGCCAAAGGGACCACAGAGAGGCUGGAGAACUCUCCUGGCCACGGGAAGUCGCCUGACCACAAGGGCCGCGGCGGCAGCUCGCUGCACAAGCCCGAGUUCCCUGACGGGGAGAUGAUGGAAGUUCUCAUCUAACGUCGGCAUCCCUGUUGGAUUUCGUAACGGGACAUUGACAAACAAACAAGGAAUGUGGCAAAGGGAGCAGACCGAUCGAGAAGACUGAUCGAGAAGGUUGUAGAAGGAAAAUCAGAAAUGAUCUGAACUGAUAAAGAUUUAAGAUUAGUAAAAACACUUUAUAUAAAUGUUAAAAAAAAAAAAAAAA